UGUGUCACAUGGUUAACCAAGACGUGCCUACCUGGACGCUGUUUAUCUUGAAUAACAAUGACAAGACACAUGCUUGCCUGUAUUACACCUGAAGUUUCAUUCAGACAUAGCCCACCUUAUUUGCUCAUGUCAAAUAACAAGUGAAACAACCAGUAAAAUGCUGAAUGCUCCAAAUGAACGCAUUGGGUAUAUUUGUUCAUUGUAGAGCAACAUGACCUCAUGGAAAGGGAUGUAUACAACAGUUUCAGUCAUGUGGCCUGAAAAUGUCGUCAUUGGUCUAUAUUUAACGUAACUUGUUGCACAAUCGGAUUGUCAAUAGAUACCGUGAAGUGUAAUCCCUGUGGCCAGUUUGCCUUCACGAAUGGGUGGACACUGUUGUCUGGUUUAUAAGACGCAUAUACAUUAGCUGUACGGUUGUUCAGUUGAAGUCAGAGAUAAUUUCCUCGUCUUAAGUGAAAGAGUUGGGGUGAAUACGGCACUAUGGCUGAGUUAGCGAUGGGAAGAAUGGAGGAUCAAAAUCAUGGAGUAACCCGUGAAGAGGACCACACCAGAGAGACAAACCAUCCAUCACAACUAACAGAGCCGGUUCAACCAUCAACCUUCCAUCCACCACCACCAUAUUACCAACCUCCACUGUCAACACAGAUGCUGUCGGAAGCGGGUCACGAAAAUGUGACAAGUUUUGUUCUCGAGGCCGAAACAAAUAACUGCGGAAAUUCCGGGUUUCAGCGGGAACGUUGGACAUCCAAUGUAGAGUUUAUUGCGUCAGUGCUAGCAUUGAACAUUGACUAUGGGACAUUUACUGUACUUCCCUAUUCGAGCAGCAGAUAUUCAGUUGCUUUCAUGGCAGCCUUCGCCGCCUUCUAUUUCGUCAUCGGAGUGCCCAUCCUGUACAUGGAUCUGAGCCUUGGACAAUUCAGUAGCAGAGGACCAGCCCACAUCUGGAAUUUGUGUCCACUGUUCAGAGGAAUAGGCGUUGGGAUGAUGGUUUACUCCGCCAUAUUCCUUCCCGCAAUCACUUUGUUUUCAUCAUGGUCUCUGUACUACGUGGUUCAGUCGUUCUCCCCAAUGCUGCCCUGGUCGAACUGCAACAACGCAUGGAACACGCCAACAUGUUUCAAUAGUACCACAGGUGGUCCGGGUGUACAGUACUUACACAAAAGAGUUCUGCAGGUGUCUGAAUCCUCCGGAAUAGACGACAUGGGAGGUCUCCAGUGGGAGCUAGUUGGCUGUUGUGCUGGCUUGUCAGUUGUAGUCUUCUUUGCUUUGUUUUGGGGAGUAAAGGUUCUUGGGAAGGUUUUCUGCAUCACCAUGUCACUGAUGUCUGUAUUGGCACUGGUUCUGUUCAUCAAAGCAAUGACGCUUCCUGGAUCCUCAGAUGGAUUAGCAUAUCUUUUUACACUGAACUUUCGAGCAGAUCUUACAAGUAAACAUAUAUGGCUCUGGGCCUUCUUACGGGCCAUGUUCACUGUUGGCAUGACAUCGGGUCUCGUUAACAAUCUUGCAAGCUACAGACACUUCAAAUCCUCUGCGUUAAGGGACUCCGUUAUAAUAUGCAGUGUCGGUGCUGUUGGUCGUUUGCUCGCAGCCUUGAUGAUGAUGAGCCUCACCGGGGCUCUGGCCAACACAAAACAAACGUCGAUAUACAAUGUCGAAACUGCAGCAGGCAUAGUAAGCGCACAUGAGUAUAUCCCGGAGCUGUUUCCUCAUCUCCCUGCGUCCCAGUUCUGGAGUUUUGCUUACUUCUGCAUUCUUCUUCUUGUCGGGUUGAAUUCUCAGUUUGUAUAUGCAGACAUGAUCAUCACAGCUGUAGUUGACAGCCUGCCACGCCGAUCUCGCAUGAUAAGAAUCAUGAUUACUGUGGUUACCUGCAUUGCAACCCUCCUAAUUACGCUUCCAUAUUUGGCUAAAGGAGGGGUUAUUUUGAUGGUGCUGGUUGACUCUUACAUAAUUAAAGUGUCAAUCUAUAUUCUUGGUAUCCUACAGUUCCUUACAGUUGGAUGGAUUUAUGGCAUGGGUCGGCUGGGCAGAGAUAUUGAGAUGAUGACUGGCACUCCACCUCCGAUAGUCAUCAAGUUUAUCUGGUGUUUCAUCCUUCCGCCCGUCUUGCUGAUUUUCCUGGUGUUAUCCUUCAUCGAUUACACCGCUCCAGUUUACAUUGAUGAUUCAAGGACGAUCGUUUAUCCAGUGUGGGCCCACGUACUGGGGUGGUUCAUAGCACUGGUUCAACUGGCACCAGUACCCGUGUUUGCAUUGCUGGCACUUGUCACUUCCUCUCAGCAUUUGUUCAGCCCGCGACCAGAAUGGGGGCCGACUGAAGAUAGCUACAAGAGGCAAUAUGACAGUCAGCGCCAGUACAAUGUAACACUGACUGAGAGAAUCACUUCAAUAUUCACGAACUGAUGUCACCGUACCGUGUCUCCCUUAGCUUCAUUAAAGACAAGGCGCACAAAAAGCUAUAGAUCAAACUUCAAGAAUUUGUAAUUCUAAAUUAAACCUAUGAUUUUUGUUAAAUGCAUAUACUUGUUAUGUUCAACAUUAUCAGUAAAUGUCGCGUCACUGGA